GAGCUGACGGUUCUUCGAAAGGUUGCAGUGAUCGAGUUCGACAGGAAAACAAACAUGUUUUUGUCAUCAAGGGAGACAAAAACACUUUGAACUGCCUGGCAGUAAUUUUGGACCAAACAAAGUAAAGAGGAAACCAAGGGGUGCAGAUGUUCAGGGAGCUUCACCUGAGGGUAAAAGCUGGUGAAUUGAACCAAAAAUGCAAACAGAGCAGAUAAAAGAGGACAAACAUCUCGUCACACCUGACCGCUCAUUGUCACUGAGAGGCGUGGCAGAAGACCAGGUGUCUGAGUUGUUCAUUUAACUCGACGUUCUUCCUGUUGAGCUCCAACAUUCACGAUGCUGUGCUUGGUGCUGCUGCUGCUGCUCGGCGGCACACACGCCACUCACUUUUUGGGCACAAUGAUGACCUACUACCCAAAGCAAACUCAUGCAGAUGGAUCCGUAACGGUGAGUUUACGCUACAAGCUGGGCUUCACCUCCUGCUACCACUCUGACAUAUGGAGCUGCCUCGGUUACUGUGGGAGCCUGAAUCCCACCCUGCAGGAGGUCGACAUGGAGCCCAGUGGAGAGUGGUGUCAGCGAGAAGGAACCAUGACUACGCUCAUUUUUCCAAGCUAUUUAACCCAGCUUGUGUUUGCGGGUGGCAACUGGAUAGAUUACAUCCAAAAUAACGUUGUGUCUUGGAGAGCUGAGACUUUUGUGGAACUGGGAAUACGAUCGGAUACCAGGAAGCCAAACGCUUCCCCUCAGAGCACCAUCAUGCCAGCUGUGAGGGUUCCUUCAAACUGUCAGAGAGAUUACGACUUGAUGGCGUUUGACCCUGACGGAGACAACGUUGAAUGCAGAUUUGGAUCUGAUUCAUUGUAUGAAUGUAACCCUUGUGCUCCUCCGUCUAUCCUAAACAUAUCAUCGUCCUGCACUCUCUCCUUCAACAGAACCAAUAGCACCAAUGAAGGUCCGUAUGCAGUGCAGCUGGUGCUGGAGGAUUUCCCAAAGCAAACAAUUACACUGACCACUGUUUACGGGGCUCAAACAACCAAAACCACCAGUCAGGCCAUCAGCAAAAUACCACUCCAGUUUGUUUUACGUGUGGACCCUGUGGUACCAUCCUGCACAGAAGGAUUGUUUCUUCCAAAGUUUCUACCUCCAACUCCAGCAAACAGAGCCAAGAUGUCCACCAGGGUGAAUCAACCCCUGGAAAUUAGCAUCGCUGCCGAGGCUGCUAAUGCUACAAUCUCUGAGCUGCUGUUCAGCGGGCCGGCCACUGUGGUUAAGACUUCAUCAGGAUCUGGAAACUUCACUCUGAGAUGGACGCCAUCAGUUAGUGAAGAAGGAGAGAGCCACCCCAUCUGCUUCGUUGUCCAGGCAACGCUGAACUCAGAGAAGUACCACUCUGAGCUUCGAUGCGUCAUUGUGCAAGUCGAGCUUGGGACGGUGGUUCGAGUCAACAUGAAGGUUUUGUCUUCAUUGUCACAGGGAGGAAUCGUCAAUGAAGUCGUCCUGCAGAAGAUUAAAGAUGAGCUGGUGAGUCUGGGGCUGCCGUCCAACAGCUCUCUGCUUGUGCUGAAAAGCAGCAGUGCGCUCGCCAAUGCAACAGCGACCUCUGGUGUUUAAUCAUGGAAAGUGCAACGUGUCCACGCAGGGGUUUUACUGCUGCAGCUUUUAUACGUUUCAUCAUUGGAGUGAAUAUAUUUACUGAUUUAAUCCACAAUUUAUGCCUUAAGUUUCAAUCCAUUUACUCAAUAUUUGUAUUUUUGUAGAUUCUACUGAGGUUUCCGUUUGUUUUUCUGCUUUUUGAUAAAUCAUGCUGAACAGUUUUAGGCAGACACUCUGUAACUUUAAGUAAUCUCAAUAAAAUCAAACAUUUUGACUAUUUUCUGUCUCCAUCUUGUGUUAGACUUUAAUAUUUCAUAAGCAUUUGUUUCCCUUUCUCUCAAUUAACCAGAUUAUAUGAAACAUAUUAACUUUCUGUAUAUUUAAAUGUGUGCGACAAGUCAACACGUCAAGUUGAGGCAGAGCAGAUUAAAAGAUAUCGGUUUUAUUUGGAUUUUAACGAGCAGCAUGUCAAGAAGACAAAAAAAAUACACAGGUCACGGUUUCAAGAUCGUAACAACAUCUUAAAGCAAACAGAGUUCGGUUGUAAACUUGUUCAUCAAGAAACCACAAGAUAUCAAACUCGGUUUUCACUCGAAACUGACAGCCGCAGGAGAAACAUACAAACGCUGACCUUUAUUUUAAAAAAGACAUUCUGUCAGCUUCAAAACUGCUUCUUCUGAACUGCACAGUAAGUUGUUUCCCUCAGAGUAAAUAAAACGUUUUUUCUGGGUUUUAUUGACAGCAGUUCUAGAUCAGAUACUUUUGGGUUUAUUUAAAAUAAUAAAAA